GAAGAAAGCAUGCACGUGUCUCUAUAUUAGCACUUCAAUUUAAAAAUUAUGCGAGGAUACAUCUUUUUAUUGUAUAAUGGUGUUCGCAUAAAGCUUUUAAGAGAUCCUCUCGAACCCAGGCAUGCGGCAACCGUUCCUUUCAUGAGGACAGGCGAAGGUAACUUUCAGAGUACGCUUGCUUCCUCCAUCGGUCCUUCGCUGUAGGGAGGCCUCGCGUAAGGUUAGGAAGCGGUCUAAGGAAAGGAACGUUUCACUGUUUGGGCCAUAGUGUUGCACUAACUGCUAUUUUACUUGUGGAGACAGUAUGGUGGCAGUUGUAAUCCUUUGUUUUUGUGAUACUCAUCGUGCUAGCAAUGAGGAAAAAUGUUUAUUAUGCAUUACCUAUGCAGCUAAGCUGUUUAGGAAAAUUGAGAAAGUGGCACAGUUGUCUCAGCUGUUGUGCAAGCGGUUGUUGAUGGUUUCAAAUGUGUUACAUUCUUAGAACUGACAAGAGGGCCUAUAAACAAGCCCUACAUCGUCCCAUUUCCACCUCUAACGAGAGACUGGACACCCUAGGCAUUCACAACACCACAGACUAGCUUACUGAAGCUCAGAGUAUUAGCCAAUACAAAUGACUCGCCAAUUCCACCAUGGGUAGACACAUUCUAGGCGCCCUACGCAUAACCUACACCACCCAAUUCAGACCAAAAGUACCCGUCCCUGCAAACAUACGCGCUCAGCUAGUUAUCCUGCCCAUACCUCACAACAUCCACCCUGAACACAAUCGGGAGUGACAUGUAAAUAGAGCUGGACGACUACAGAAGUGCUACUACGACCAAGCCGCAGACUUAGCCUACGUGAACACAGCAGAAUACCCCAACCAGAACAUCAUGGCAGUUGCCGUAGUUGCAGGCUCGCAGUACCGCCUCGCCGUCACCGCAUCAAUACUCAACACGAAGAAGGAGAAGAAAUGGCCAUCGCUUUGGCCUGCGCCUCUAGCAAUGCACACUGCAUCAUCAGAGAUUCUGUAAUGGCCAUUUGCAACUAUAUAAGAGGACUGAUAGCACCCCAAGCACAGAAGGUACUCUCCGGAACUCCUCCCUCAAGGCAAUGCCCUGUCCAGAUCAUGUGGGCCCCUGGUCACUCGAGUCUGGCUGGGAAUGAAGCCGCCCAUGAUGCUGCCCAAGCUCUCGCACACUGGGCGUAUCAUACUUCUCCUGCGUCUUCCAAUCCUGACAAGCCUUCUGUUCUACAUCACAGUCAUGCAAGGGACCGAAUGGUCACGUUCAGAGAAAUCUUCCUCCACUACCGCAGAGAAUGUUUACGCUACACCCCCCAGCAUACAAAACACUAAAUAAAUCUCGAUCCACCACUUGGCAACUACUCCAGACGCAAACUUUCCCAAACUCCGUGUUAUACAACUGCAUUUAUCCCCAUACAUACUUCCCACUCUGCAAAGCGUGCGAGGCGCACGCUGACCUCGAUCGCAUUAUCUGGGCAUGCCCCAAAGCCUCACCCAACGCACUAACGCUACACGCAUCAUAACUACGGCCAAGCAGUGGGAGACUUUGCUGCUCAGCUUGGACCCAGAAGAGCAGCUCUGGGCCAUCUGGAUGGCCAAAGAUGCCGCCAGAAAGCAAGGACCAGCCGCCGGCUGAGGAAUGGGGGGACUGGGUGUUAGUCUCCCAACCCCCGCCACCCCUGGACCUCACCAAGGACACAGGCCAUGCUUUAACACCGGAAGAAGUAAGGGCCUUUCAGGAAUGCAGCAGUGAAAGCUUCAAGUACCGCGCCUUGCCACUAGGACUGGCUGCUGCUUUUGGAGUCCAGUAUGCCACCAAAGUUGGUUACCUCACACCGCAUCCCGUGUAUGGCCCCUACUUAAAGAUGAUUGGAGCUGCAUUUGUAGGAUGGCUGGUUGGCAAGGUCUCUUACCGCCGCCAAUGUGAGGAAAAGCUCAUGAAGCUUCCAAACAGCACCAUUGGGGAAGCCCUGAGACGAAAGCGUGGCAUCACUUCGCCUGAUGUAGUCCUGGGAUACCAGGCUGGAGACAAUGCCGCACGUGCUGCUCAAGAGAAAUAUUCAGCAGACCUUAGCUCAAAGAGAUUGGACCUGCGUAGUUACAAUGCACCUCAAGGUCUUGAUGACAGCCAGAGGCCAUCCAUGGACAACCCAGUUGUUGCCGAGGUGCCAGAGAACCUCCCGCCAGCUAAGUACUCAACGUCGUACGAAGAGCUGCGUCGACAAAACCGUGAGGAGUACGAGAGGCGCCUGUCAGCGCCACCACCGUCAUCGCAGCUACCGCCACUUGCCUUGUCCCAGCCACCCCCACUUGCUCCUUCGCAGCCAUCUGUGCAGCCUCCGUCACAAACGUUUGAAGAAAGGCCUCAUAGGGGCUAUCCUUCGAGAAUCCCCAGCACUGGGUCAGCACCAUCGGGUGUCAGCACAGGCAAGAAGAACAAGUAUGGAGACGCUUGGGAAGAGUAGGGACUUUACUACCUCCUAGAAGACACUUCUCUUCAUGGUGAAAGGAAGAACACAUAUAGUCUCCCGGUAGACAGCAUGGUUUAGCACGAAUAUAAGUAAAUAUGGAAUGUUCUCAA